GGAAGACCACAUGUGAUGUGUGAUAAACAACCGAGCGCUUCUAGCUAGCUACCCGGCCCGUGCAACUUGCUUGUGUGGAUCAUGCAUGCAUGGAGCCAUGGAGGUCGAUAACCGGCCGCCUAUAAAUAACGACGUCGUGAUUGCUUCUUGGCCCGUGCAAGCCACACACCACUUGCGACCUCUGCUUUAUUGCUUGCAAAUUAAACUAAUCAGCUGGUAUGGCGAAGCCCAGCAGAGUGGCCGUCUUCCUCUGCGCCGUCUCCUCCCUCUGCGCCGUCCUUUCGUCGGCCACCGUCACCGUCAACGAGCCCAUCGUCAACGGCCUCUCCUGGAGCUUCUACGACGCGUCCUGCCCGUCCGUGGAGGGCAUCGUGCGGUGGCACGUCACCGAGGCACUCCGCCGCGACAUCGGCAUCGCCGCCGGCCUCAUCCGCAUCUUCUUCCAUGACUGCUUCCCGCAGGGUUGCGACGCGUCGCUCCUCCUGUCGGGCUCCAGCAGCGAGCAGCAGGAGGUUCCCAACAAGACGCUGCGUCCCGAGGCACUGAAGCUCAUCGACGACAUCCGCGCCGCCGUCCACCGUGACUGUGGCCCCAAGGUGUCCUGUGCCGACAUCACCACGCUCGCCACCCGUGACGCCGUCGUCGCAUCCGGAGGGCCCUACUUCGACGUGCCGCUGGGGCGCCGCGACGGGUUCGCGCCGGCGUCGAAGGACCAGGUCGGCACCCUACCGGGCCCCUCCUUUGAGGUGCCCAUGCUCAUCCAGGCGUUCAAGGACCGCAACCUCAACGUGAGGGACCUCGUGGCGCUCUCCGGUGCGCACACCGUCGGCCUCGGCCACUGCGAGUCCUUCCGCGGCCGCCUCCCGCCCAACGCCGACGACACCAUCGACCCGCCCUUCAGGCAGAAGCUGACAGCCAAGUGCUCCAACGACCCCGCCGGCACCGUGACGCAGGUGCUGGACGUGCGCACGCCCAACGCCUUCGACAACAAGUACUACUUCGACCUGAUCGCCAAGCAGGGGCUGUUCAAGUCGGACCAGGGCCUCAUCAACCACCCGGACACCAACCGCACGGCCACGCGCUUCGCGCUCAACCAGGGCGCCUUCUUCGACCAGUUCGCCAAGUCUAUGGUGAAGAUGAGCCAGAUGGACGUCCUCACCCACAGCGCCGGCGAGAUCCGCCUCAACUGCGCCGUGCGCAACACCCGGGUCUCAGGCCUCGAGGCUGCCGGCGACGAGGGGCUCGCAGCGGAUGCGUGAUUACUGCUCAGCAUGUGUGUGUCUCUGUGUGUGCACUGCUCACACAGAGUCUCUGUCUCUGUGUGUGCACUGCUCACUGCUCAGCAUGAACGUCAACGUAGCUUGCUUGCUUACUUAAGCGUGUGCAUUUGUUCUUGUCAUGCAUGGUGUAAUGGCUUCAGUUUGUUUUAAGAAUAAGGUCAAUUUGAUCUCUUAGUCAAAAUUAAUGUUUUCCCUUCUCUCAUAUAGUGAGUGAUAUGCGUAGAGAAAGGAUUCGGAGGACUAGUGAAAAAAGCCCGGAGCGACUAGCCCGGUGGCCCAAACGGGCGCAAGUUGCAUGCAUCUAUUACAGUAAGUUCCAAGUGA